GCGAACGAGAGAACUUGAAGAGAGAGAGAGAGAGAGAGAAUGAACCACGAAAAUGGCGGAACGAUUCUUCAUCUGUCUGAAUUCCUUGGCGUUUUUUAACUGACGAGGGAUUCUGCAUCGAUUCAAUCCGUUUUUUCGUUUUUUUCGCUUGUUCAUGUUAGUUUUAUUUAAUUACGAUAUCUGUUGAUCAGGGGGAAUUCUUAACAUUUAUGUGAUUCUGAGACAUUGAUUCGUGGUUGGUGAUGGUUCCCUUGGAGUGAGGGAAAUUGAUGGAUUCAGCAAGGAGUUGGCUACAUAAAUUUCAACCAAGAGACCGAUUGAGGUCAAAUACCAGGAGGAGGGAUUCAAUGGGUGGUGGUGAAGAUGACAUUUCUGGUGAAGAGGCAUCAAAUAUCACAAAGCAAAAGGUUGCUGCGGCCAAGAAGUAUAUUGAGAACCAUUACAAGGAGCAAAUGAAGAAUUUGCAGGAGAGGAAAGAAAGGCGAAUUUUACUUGAGAAAAAACUGGCUGAUGCUGAUGUUUCAGAGGAAGAUCAAAACAACUUGCUUAAAUUUCUAGAGAAGAAGGAAACCGAAUACAUGCGCCUUAAAAGACACAAAAUGGGUGCUGAUGAUUUUGAGCUACUCACCAUGAUUGGAAAGGGUGCUUUUGGUGAGGUCAGAGUCUGCAGAGAGAAGACAACAGGCAGUGUAUUUGCCAUGAAAAAACUCAAGAAAUCAGAAAUGCUUCGUAGAGGCCAAGUUGAACAUGUGAGAGCUGAAAGGAAUCUGCUUGCAGAGGUGGAUAGCAAUUGUAUAGUCAAACUAUACUGCUCAUUCCAAGAUGAUGAAUAUUUAUACCUAAUCAUGGAAUAUCUUCCUGGUGGAGACAUGAUGACUUUACUUAUGAGAAAGGAUACCUUAACCGAAGAUGAAGCCAGAUUUUAUGUUGCAGAAUCAGUUUUAGCUAUUGAAUCCAUCCACAAACAUAAUUAUGUACAUAGAGACAUCAAACCGGAUAAUUUGCUACUUGAUAGAUAUGGGCAUUUGAGAUUAUCAGAUUUUGGAUUGUGUAAACCUCUAGAUUGUAGUACACUUGAAGACACAGAUUUUUCAAAUGUGGAUAAUGGUGUUGGAACUUCAACGGGUGAUGAUCGUUCUGGAGCUCCAAGACGCACACAACAAGAACAACUUCAACAUUGGCAGAAAAACAGGAGAACACUUGCUUAUUCUACUGUUGGAACGCCUGAUUAUAUAGCUCCAGAAGUUUUACUGAAAAAGGGUUAUGCACUUGAAUGUGAUUGGUGGUCUCUUGGGGCGAUUAUGUUUGAAAUGCUUGUGGGGUAUCCACCUUUCUACUCUGAUGAUCCAAUGUCAACUUGCAGGAAGAUAGUAAACUGGAAAAUGCAUUUGAAGUUUCCGGAAGAAGCAAGGCUUUCAUUAGAGGCAAAAGAUAUGAUUAGCAAACUGCUUUGUAAUGUGAACCAGAGGCUUGGUUCAAAAGGUGCAGAUGAAAUAAAGGCUCAUCCUUGGUUUAGAGGUAUUGAUUGGGAUAGAAUUUAUCAAAUGGAAGCUGCAUUUAUUCCAGAAGUUAAUGAUGAGUUGGAUACCCAAAAUUUUGAAAAAUUUGAAGAGUCUGAACACCAAAACAAUAGUUCAUCAAGAUCUGGACCAUGGAGAAGGAUGCUUUCAUCCAAAGAUAUCAACUUUGUUGGUUACACAUACAAGAAUUUUGAGAUUGUUAAUGACUAUCAAGUCCCUGGAAUGGCUGAAUUAAAAAAGAAAAGCAACAAACCAAAGAGACCAACAAUCAAGUCACUAUUCGAGGAAGGGCCAGAAACAGACACAGAGACAACAUCCGAUGCUGGCAACAAAUCUUUUUCAAAUCGGUUGCCACCAAAAGUAGAAGUUUCUGAAAAGCAAAAAUAGAAGAGAACUGAUAAUCUUAUUGUGGCUUUUUUUUUUAUUCAUUUUAAGUUGCUGUCAUAAUAUUUACUAAAUUACUUUCACCGUUUUUAUACAAAAAGAUACAUUUAUCAGUUAAAUACGGUGUCACAAAAUAUUUGAAGUUGAGCACUUUAAAUCUAAUUAUUGUUAAGUAUUA